AUUGAAAAUGGGAAAUAUAUGUGAUUUUAUGAAAUCAGACAAGUAAGAGUUUCGUAGUUCUCUGAAUUAAUAGACAACUUCAUAGGCUAAUUAAGAAUGUAUACUGUUUAUUAAGACUCAGAGGAAUUAGGUAUAAAAUCAAGUAAGACUCUUGAUAACUCCACAUCAUUUAUGCCUGAGCAAACUCAUAAGAGAGUAGGAUUGGAAGAUUUCAUUAUGUUAGCAACAGUUGGCAAAGUAUAAAUUAAUUUUAUUAGGGUGCCUUUGGAAAAGUAUACAAAGUUAAAAAGAAAGACAAUCAAAAAAUAUAUGCUAUAAAGUGCAUAAAUAAGAAAUUAAUAUUUGAUAGCAAAUUAGAAUCAAAUGCAUUACUCGAGAAAGAUGUUUUAAAAUAAAGCAAACAUCCAUUUAUUGUAUAAUUAAAAUAUUCUUUUUAAACUCCAACGAAAUUAUAUUUAGUUAUGGAAUAUAUCAAUGGGGGAGAAUUCUUUAAAAUUCUUACAAAAACAAAAGGUUUACCAGAAUCUAUUGUUGCUUUUGUUGCAGCUGAAGUAGUUUUAGCGUUAGAAUAUUUGAAUAAUUAAUUAAAAGUAAUCUAUCGUGAUUUGAAGCCAGAAAAUAUUUUACUUACAACAACAGGACAUGUUAAAUUAACAGAUUUUGGUUUAGCUACCUUAAGAAAAGAUGAAAAUGUAAAAAAUUAUACUGUAUAAAUUAAUACUAAUAAAAGUUAGCAGGAACACCUGAAUAUUUGGCUCCAGAAAUAAUAAAUAAAAAGGGACAUUCUUUUGAAGUUGAUUUAUGGACACUAGGCAUUUUAAUUUAUGAAAUGAUAAAUGGAUAUCCUCCUUUUACAGUUUCAGAUAGAAACACUUAAAAAAUUCUAUAGUUAAUUUUAUAAAAUUAGCCAACUUAUCCACCAAUUAUGAGUGAGUAAGCUGUUAAUUUAGUCUCAAGAUUGUUAAAGGCUAAUCCAAAAGAAAGAAUUGGAGCUGAAAUGGUAAUUUAUAAAAUUCUAUUUUUAUUUUAGGGAUAUUAAGAAAUAAAAUAUCACCCUUUUUUUGCAAAAAUAAAGUGGUCAGAGCUAUAUAAUUUAAAUAUCAAAUCUCCACUUAAAACUUUUGCUGAACAAAAUGCUUCCAGACCUGAUGGAUUCAGAAUGGCUAAUAUGCACAUUUAAGAAACUCCUAAUCCACCACAACCACAUAUAUAAGUAUUUAGUUAUUAAGGAGGUGAUGAUACUUACAACUCUAGAAAAUUGAAUUGAUAAAUUAUUAAAUAAGAAUUAG